UGUGGCAACCAGGUGUCAUUUCUGCGCAACAGCAACCGCAGCAUCUACUAUCUAUCGACGGCACUUGUGUGCGUUGCGUGUCUACGCAGCCAAAUGAGCCGGCAAAAAUAUCGGCAAAACAGGUGGAUCAUCCGCCGUCAUUUGCACUUUUGCGUCGAGCAUGACAUCCCAACAGUCGAUGGUCCCCAAGGUCGAGCUCCACCGCCAAGGCAGCAGUCUCGACACGACACCGAGCGACGUCGACGACCCGAUGACCGACGACGUCAAGCCGCGCAAGGCGGUCGGACGACCGUCCAAGAAGCCCGUGAUCGCCCAUGGGCUCUGGAGCUUGGAAGAGCACGAGCGCUUCCUUGUCGGCAUCCAGCUGUACCCGGAAGGUCCUUGGAAAGCCGUCGCCGACAUCAUCCAGACCCGCAAUGCCAAGCAAGCGCAGACGCACAUGCAAAAAUGCAAAGAAAAGAUCCUCCGGCAUCGGCGGCGACGCGACGAAGUGCUCCGUGGCGUCAUUCUCGACGACCAACAUGCUGAGAACGAUGUGAUUCGCUUGGCGGCAGCCGCGGCGACAGCGAACCCAGUGUUGCUGCGGCGGUCCAAGCACGCCGACAACUUGCGCUUUGCGUCCGUGGAGCCAAUUCCGCUUGACUCGCCGGCCGCCGCCGUCCUCAGCAGCACGCAGCCGCUCGACGGCCACAAGAUCACGUGGACCGAGGCGCUCGACUACUUCUGGACGUUUGUCUCGGCGGCCGACGACACCGAGGAGCGCUUUUUUGCGUAAAAGUGGCGCCACGUUUGAAUAGGUUUUAUAGGAUUUAUAGGUUGAAUAGGUUGAAUGGAGAGGUUUGGAUUGCGUAAAAUACAUUUUGUACGUGGUUGUUGACUGGAGGGGCCAUUGGCGUCGACACGCUGAUCCUUGU